AUGCCUUGUUCACGGCGUGACUACUGCAGCUGCCUUGGUGUCAUCCUCACCAUGCUCACCUUCCUCGCCUUUCUCGGGGUAAUAGCCUUUUCCUUCUACUCCUUAAUCUGGUUGUCUGUCCUUCCCAAUGAGCCCAAAAUCACCAUCACUGACGCAUCUCUCACCCAAUUUGAUUUCGCUGCCGGCAGAAACAACAUUCUCAACUACAACCUUGCACUCAACUUUACCAUCAGAAAUUCCAACAAAAGGGCCGGCAUAGACUACCGUGGCAUCCAAGUCACUGGCAAAUACAGAAACAAGAAGUUUUUUGUUGCGAGUUUGAAUUCGACACCUUUUUACCAAGACCACAAGAACACCACCUUUGUGCCUGUAGUUCUUCAAGGGCAGCACUGGGUUAAUUUUCGAAAACAUGACGUUUCUAAGUUUAACUCGGAGACUGCGGCCGGUGUUUACAACAUGCGUGUAGAGUUUCGUCUUCGGAUCAGAUACAAACGCGUCAGGAUUUUGAAGAAAAUUACGGACUCGCCGAAGAUCUAUUGCAAGCAAGUGAAGGUUCCAUUGAGUGGGUAUAAUGAAACAUCUGCAGGGGGUUUCAAAUUCAACCCUACCAAGUGCAAGAAUGUUCCAAUGAAAGGAAGAUGA